GCGCACCGCACGCGCACGGCGCGCACGCCGCUGGCCGCGCACGGAGGCGCCGCCGCGUGGCCGCGCCCGCGGAUGCGGCGCGGGGCGCAGCGCAGGGCGCGGCGCGGCCCGGGGCGGUGCCGCCUGGCGGCUGCGGCGCUGCGGCUGCCCGCGGCCGCGGGCUCGUUUGGGGAGUGGACGGCCUGGGCGCCCGCGGGCAUCAAGGUGAGCGCGCUGUCUGGGCGGAGGCCGCAGCACGCGUGGCUCGGAGGAAGCGUGGGCGCUGCAGCCGACGUGCUGCGCGCCGCGCUGCGGGAGCCGCGGGGCGAGCUCGGGGGGCUCACGGAGGAGGAGGCCCGCCAGGCGCUGCGCUGGGUGCCCCACCCCGUGCGGCCGAGCAG